CUCACCAGUCAAUAUCACGCAAAAAUCAUCUUAUCUGAGAAGGCCCAAGCAAGAUGGACGAUAAUGAGCAUUCCCCGGAAACGGUCUCAGUGGACAUCAGUGCGAUAGAAAAUCAGAAAGAAAACAUUCAGCCACUGGCUUCAGGCAGAUCAGCAGCUCAACUGACGUCUUUAUUCCAGACCAAAUCAUCCGACUCUCAUUCAGCCAUGGGAUUUCGAACGGAAACAACCAAAGGCUUAUCGAAUGCUUUUAACCCCAUUGCGUUGGCUGAAAAUCUUCGGAGUGGUCAUCAAAGAUUUCAGAAAGAUAUAGAGCGUUUGGAGAAGGCCGAGCUUGGGCAAUCGAAUGAUCUGGACUUCGAUGGCAAGGAAAGAGCGCAGGAGUUGAUCAAAGAUCCCCUCGAGAUUUAUGUCGAGUACGUCCGCUGGAUCAUCGAAUCAUAUCCAUCGGGUGGGACUACAGCUGAAUCAAAACUGAUACCGAUCCUGGAGCGAUCUACUCGAAAGUUUGUCACUGAUGAACGAUAUCAACAAGACCUGCGGUAUCUCAAACUAUGGAUUUACUAUUCCCAUCAAGUUCAACGUGAAGCUGCACGAACAAUCUUCAGUUUUUUGUUACACAAAAAGAUUGGUACAGAGUCUAGUCUUUUGUACGAUGAAUUCUCGUUGGUCUUAUGUCACUUUCGAGAUUACGAAAAGGCUAGAUACGUAUUACGACUCGGUAUUGAUCGAAAAGCAUCUCCAAUUGAAAAACUGUCGACUCGAUUGGAAGAUGUUCAGCGGAAGCUGGCAGCCAGUCUUGACCAUCCGCCCUCGUCAACAGAAAGCUCCUCGAAUUCGAUUCCAAAACCAAAGCUAGGUCUUGCAAAAAAACCUGUGAAGGGUAAGAUGAAGAUUUUUGAAGACGGCGUAUCCGACCAAACCAGUAUUCCAGGCCAGAUCACUCGCUGGGACGAUAUUGGAACAGUGGAGAGUAACCGGAAACAAAACACAGUGGAGCCAACGGCCUGGAAGGGGCAGAAGCUUCCCAUGAAAGCUACAACAUCAUCCGGAGUUGCGGCUCCUCGCCCAGCAAAGAUGAAAAUUUUCGAAGACUCAGACGUGUCUGAUCCACUCCCUGUAUCUAUCGUGUCUCCCAAAGUGGCUGGGAUGCUAAGUGGGCAUCUCGGACUCGGUGACCCUUCUGAGCAACUUGACGGGAGCUCAGAGCAAUGCGAUUAUGAACUCCUCAAAUCAAAUCCUCUUCGGCAUCACAAAAGUUGGUCUGACAAAAACAUCCGCAUGCUGUGAUUGUUACACGAAUUAUUUGUAUGAGCAUUUGUAUCCUUUGUAUGUCUUAUCUGUACCACGUGAAAACUUCUGGUGUUGGUUGCUCAGUCACUAAAUUGACCAGCGAAUUCUUGCGACUACAAAGUAUAUGUUGGCCGCCUAUCAUCAUUGCCCGCAAUCAACAAUUCAUACAUUAUUCACUUC